CCAAUCACUUUUUCUUUAAGUGGAAUCAUGAGUCAUGACCUCCAUAUAUUCAAUCAAGUGGAAUCAUGAGCUGCAUUAUAUUCGAUCAAAUCAUCUUUUCUUUCUUCGGUCUUAAAAAAUCUAUCAUCACUUUCUACCAAAAAAAAAAUCUAUCAUCACUCACUCAUGUCUUCCUCCAAUUAAUUCCUUUACUUCUGAGAAAAUUGUAUUAACUGACCAAACCCAAAACCGAAAAGCAAUAAGGAGCUAUGAGAUAUCUGCGACAAAAAACAAUAAAUGCUCAAGAACAAGAAAAAAUAAGGAACCAUGCGAAAGUUAUUAGAGCAGCGUACCUCUUUAACACAAUGCAGACAAGGAGGUAUGAAGUGUUCUUAAGCUUCAGAGGCGAAGACACACGUGCUUCCUUCACUUCACAUCUAUAUGCUUCACUUCAAAACAAUGGAAUCAUCGUUUUUAAGGACGAUGAUUCACUUCAAAGAGGAGAUCACAUUUCAACAUCACUACUGGAAGCAAUCGAACAAUCUAAAAUUGCUGUUAUUGUUUUUUCAAAGAAUUAUUCAGAUUCAGGUUGGUGUUUGAAUGAGUUGGUGAAAAUAAUAGAGUGUCACAGAACCAUAGGACAAACACUACUGCCAGUGUUCUAUGAUGUUGAUCCAUCGGAAGUACGUCAUCAAACUGGUGAGUUUGGAAAAGCGUUUAGUCUCUUGAGUAGGAUUUCAAAGAAGAAAGACAUUCUCAAAUGGAGAGAUGCUCUUCGUGAGGCUGCUUCCCUUGCUGGUUUUGUAGUUCUAAAUUCCAGGAAUGAAAGGGAGGCUAUCGAUCAUGUUGUAGAAAAGGUUACUCUUUUGCUUGACAAGACAGACUUAUUUGUUGCUGAUAAUCCCGUGGGAGUAGAAUCUCGAGUGCAAGAUACAAUUCAACUUCUAGACAUCCAACAAUCAAAUGAUGUUCUAUUACUAGGGAUGUGGGGUAUGGGGGGAACCGGUAAAACAACCAUUGCAAAAGCCGUUUACAACAAAAUUGGCCGCGAUUUUGAAGGUAGGAGUUUCCUUGAAAAUAUUAGGGAAACUUGGGAGCAAAUUGCUGGAAAAGCGCCUUUACAAGAACAACUUUUGUUUGAUAUCUUCAAAGAAAAAACAACCAAGAUACAAAGCAUUGAGUCUGGGAAAAUUACAUUGAAGGAAAGGCUCUGUAAUAAAAGAGUACUUCUCGUACUUGAUGAUGUGAAUAGUUUAGACCAACUAAAUGCAUUGUGUGGAAGUCGUAAAUGGUUUGGUUCAGGAAGUAGAAUAAUAAUCACAACUAGAGAUGAAAAUAUACUUAGAGGGAAUAGAGUUGACAAAGUAUGCACAAUAAAAGAAUUGAAUGAAAACGAAUCAAUUGAGCUUUUUAGUUGGAAUGCAUUCAAGCAAGCGAGUCCGAAAAAAGAUUUUGCUGAAAUAUCCAGAAAAAUUGUUGAGUACUCUGGAGGAUUGCCACUAGCUCUGGAUGUCCUUGGUUCCUAUUUGUUUGACAGGGGAGUAGCAGAUUGGAAAAGUGUAAUGGAGAAAAUCAAAGUAAUUCCCAAUGAUCAAGUACAGCGGAAGUUAAAAAUAAGCUAUGAUGGUUUAAAGGACGAUACUGAAAAAGAAAUAUUCCUUGACAUAGCUUGUUUCUUUAUUGGGAUGGACCGAAAUGAUGUAAUACUCAUAUUAAAUGGCUGUGGACUUUUUGCAGAAAUCGGAAUAAGUGUCCUUGUUGAGAGAAGCCUUGUAACUGUCAGUGAUAAUAACAAGCUUGGAAUGCAUGAUUUGUUACGAGAUAUGGGUAGAGCAAUCAUUCGUGAACAAUCGCCGAAGGAGCUUGGGGAGCGUAGCAGGCUAUGGUUUCACGAAGAUGUGCUUGGUGUUUUAUUUGAACGAACUGGAACAAAAGCAGUUGAGGGACUAACUUUGAAGUUUCCAAUAGAUAGUUCAGAAUCUUUUAGUACUGAAGCAUUUAAGAAGAUGAAGAGACUCAGAUUACUUCAACUUACUAGUGUAAGACUUGAUGGAGAUUUCGAAUAUAUUUCAAGAAAUCUAAGAUGGCUGUGUUGGAAUGGAUUUCCUUUAACAAGCAUACCGUCAAACUUUUAUCAAGGAAAUUUAGUUUCCAUUGAAUUAGAAAACAGCAAUGUCAGACGUCUGUGGAGAGAGACUCAAAGGUUGGAGAUGCUGAAGAUCCUAAACCUUAGUCAUUCUCAUGAUCUGACACAGACCCCAGACUUCUCAAAUUUGCCUAAUCUUGAAAAGCUAAUACUCGCAGAUUGUAAAAUGUUGUCUGAGAUUUCCAAUAGUAUUGGAGAUCUCAAAAAAAUUCUUCUGAUCAGUUUGGAAGACUGUAUUAGCCUCCGUAGCCUUCCGAGAAGCAUCUAUAAGUUGAAAUCUUUGAAAACUCUCAAUAUAUCCGGUUGUUCAAUGAUUGACAAGUUAGAAGAUGACUUGGAACAUAUGGACUCCUUAACCAACCUGAUUGCAAAUAACACUGCAAUAACAAGAGUGCCAUUUUCAAUAGUAAGGUCAAAAAGCAUUGGAUAUAUUUGUCUGUGCGGUUAUGAAGGAUUCUCAAAUGACGUGUUUCCAUCUAUAAUUUGGUCUUGGAUGUCACCAACAAAUACUCUCCCAUCCCCAUUUCAUACAUCUAAUUUGUCAUCUCUUGUUCCUUUAGAUGUAUCACACAGUAGUUCCGACUCACUAUCAUCGAUUUCCAUGCACCUUCCAAGUCUUCGAAGUCUUUGGGUGGAGUGCAGCUCAGAACUUCAACUUUCUCAUGAUGCAGCAAUAAUUUUGGGUGCCUUAAAUGCCACAAAUUAUAAGGAGUUGGAACCAACUGCAACUACGUCACAAGCAUCAAAUAUGACUACUUCUUCACAAGUAUCAAAACAUUCCCCAAAGUCUCUUUUAAUUCAAAUCGGAAUGAAUUGCCAAGUCACUAAUAUUCUGAAAGAGAUCAUUUUACAGAAUAUGGAUGUCAGUGGGACUGGUGGUUGUUUCCUCCCCGGUGAUAGUUAUCCAAAUUGGUUUACCUUUAAUUCUGAAGGAUCUUCUGUAACUUUUCGAGUCCCUCAAGUGGUAGGGCGUAACUUGAAGACAAUAAUGUGCAUUGUCUCUACUUCAUCCCGAGAUAACAUAACAUCAAGUGGCCUUAAAAACAUGUUGGUGAAAAAUUACACAAAGGCCACCAUUCAACUUUAUAAGGGAGAGGCAUUAAUCUCCUCUGAAGAUGAGGAGGGGCAGAGGCUAGUUUCUAGUAUAGAACCUGGUAACAAAGUGGAGGUUGUUGUUGUUUUCGAGAAUGGUUUCAUUACGAAAAAGACAACAGUUUAUCUCGUAUAUGAUGAACCCAUUGACAGAACUUUGAAUCUAUAUCAUUUACCAGAUUUGAAUGCCAGUUCUUGUAGUGAUGAUGAAAAUGAAUGCAUUGGUAAGAGGAUCUCUACUCGAGAGGAGUCCACUGAUGACUUCAAUCAAAACAGAAAGAAGAAAAAUAAAUUCUUAUGUUGCUUAAGUUUCUAGAUUUUAUAAUGAUGAAUAUUUUAAGUCCUAAAGAGAGGUGAAAGAUUAUAUUUUGUUAUGUUACAAUUCUUUCAUGUCAUACCUUUGAACUAGAACUUAAAGUUGUUCUCUAAAUAUUACAAGCUACUGUUCCAUA